AUGAAACAUUUGAAUAUUAUUACUAUUAUUUUGUGCAUCGUUCUUAUACUAGACUUUUGUCAUGGAAUGGGUAUAAAGUGCAGUUUUAAAAAUAGAAAAAAAGAUGUUCGUUAUUGUCUUCUUAGUAUGUGUGUAAAAGAAAGUAUUUUCCAUACAUUUGUUAAUUUCCAAAAAACUGCUGUAAAAAAUUUACUUUAUGGUACAUAUUAUGGCCGUUGGCCACUUGUAAUGAAAAUUUUAAAAAUGAAUGUUAUUGCACGUAAAUACAUUGAUCAAACUAUUAUUCAUAAAUUCAUUUUUAAAAAUUGUAAAGAAAUUGAUUAUAAAGAUCCAACUUAUGUUGUAUUUACAUUAAGAUAA